UCAGUGCAGUUCAGUGGCGCAGAGCUUUUAUCAGUUUUCGUUUUUAGUCCGCGUAGCCGUAGGCCUCCUCUGAUCUUGCUUCUUUUCUUGCUUCUUUCAAUCAAACUGGAAUUUCAUCUUCUUGUUUGUAGCCGACCUAAGUACCGUUGCGAGCAGGCAAGAUGACCACCAUUCGCAAGAAGCUCGUCAUCGUUGGUGAUGGUGCUUGUGGAAAGACCUGUCUACUUAUUGUCUUUUCCAAGGACCAGUUCCCCGAAGUGUACGUCCCAACUGUGUUUGAAAACUACGUGGCAGACAUUGAAGCUGAAGGAAAGAGUGUGGAGCUUGCAUUGUGGGACACUGCGGGACAGGAGGACUAUGAUCGUCUCCGUCCUCUCUCCUACCCAGACACCGAUGUCAUCCUGAUGUGUUUCUCUGUGGAUAGUCCCGACAGCUUGGAAAACAUCCCAGAGAAGUGGACGCCGGAAGUGAAGCACUUCUGUCCCAAUGUCCCUAUUAUCCUGGUCGGCAACAAGAAGGAUCUCAGAAAUGAUGAAGCAACAAAGAAAGAACUCGCCAAGAUGAAGCAGGAGCCAGUCAAGCCAGAAGAAGGACGCGCCAUGUCCGAGAAAAUUGGAGCUUUUGCGUACUUGGAGUGCUCAGCUAAGAGCAAGGAAGGUGUGCGUGAAGUUUUUGAAACGGCUACCAGGGCAGCACUUCAAGUUCAGAAGAAGAAGAAGGGCAAGUGCCUGCUCUUGUAAACGGUGUGAGGUACUACUGCUCAUUGCCUCUGUACACAGAUUUUCUUAAGACCCUUUCGUCAUGCCGUUCUUGACUGUAUAAAAGAAAUGAAUAGUUCCGGCCUGUAAUGUGUUUGUCCAACCCCUCCCUCCAUAUCCUGUCCCCUGCUGUCGUCGUUCCCUGCUGCUCGUCUUGGAUUUAUGUCAAGAAAUCCAACCCGUCUUUUGCUCAAACUUUCGUUUUGUGUGCUUUUCCAAUCUCGCCUUGUUUUGACACCGCGACCAUCACUGGGCGAUAUUAAUUUUUUUGCUGCUUCACUAAUGAGAUGACCAUGCCAUUUUCUGUUACUAUGGUUCCAAAUAUUGUUCCGAUAGAACUAGAUCUGCCCUAUUUUCCAGUUAUUUUAUUAUUGUCAUUGCUCGGAGGCAUCGGGAGAUGUUCGGGCUCGUGGUGCUCGUCCUAUCCCUUCUCAGUCCUCUGAAAAAGUUGAAUGUUUUUGUUGGCUACAGGCAACCCUGUAGCAUAUUGAA